UUACUUUGACAACUGGAUCAGCUGAUUUGUUUAUUUCUGCGCAUAAAAUCGACGCACUGGACUUUGAUGAUAAUGAUGAUGAUGGCAAAGCAGAAAAACUACAGUAACCCAAGUCAAUACCACAAUACAAGUUAAUUAGAGAGAUGAAUAUACAGUGUAAUUUCUCCAGUAACAAAUCACUCUCAACUUGACAUUACGACUAGAAAAAAAAAAAAACAAAAAAAAAACAAAAGGUUGAUAAAUCUAAACAACCGGCUCGUUUAUAUAUAAAAUGGAGACCAUUGAAAGUAAUAUAUUAAGUUUUGUAAAAAUAGUUUGUCCGCCAGCUGAAGAAUUAAGUGUAAUUAUAAAUAAUGUGAGGUGUAACCAGUGUGGGCUGGUAUUUCAAAAUGAGUCGCGUUUUCGUCUCCAUGAUUUAAAAGUUCAUCAACGUAAAAAUUUAGACAAAAUUGUAAAAGAUUCAAUAAAGUAUCAUUGCCCUGAAGUAUCAUGUAUUUAUUCACCUACUUCUCAAAGAUAUUUUACUACCAUGAAGUAUUUAAAACAGCACUAUCUUAAAGUCCAUGCUGCUAAAACAUUUUCAUGCACACAGUGUGAUAAAAGUUUUUCAACAGAAGCUGCCAAGGCCGCACAUAUUAGAGUAUGUGGUUUAGAAUUUAUCUGCAGUUGUUUUAAAAAUUUUACGACAUACGAAGCUCUUUUAACUCAUGCCAAAAGACACUCGCAUUUAUUUGAUGAAAAAUACAAAAAUUUGCUCAAACGAGCUUCCACGAAGAAUCUUCCAGCUGUCCAACUAAGUAAAAUGGUGCAGAAAAAAUUGCCAGUCUACAUACGCCCAUAUCAAGAGAGUAAUCAGGUUAUCCAGGAGUCAAAGGGGACAAAGGACACGCGGGACAUGGCAAUUCAGACGGAUGAUUUUAAAAAGAUUAAACGAACAUUGAGUCCUUCCAAGGCGAACAAACGACGUGAGUCCCGACAAACACAGACCAACAGUCUGAUGAAGGAAAAACGUAACAGGAAAACUGUUGAGACACAAACAUCUGCAGCUAGUGUUCGAGAGCUCAAAAAAUUAAGCACAAAUAAAAAGCUAAAUCUUCCAAAGAAAGACUCGCAAUUAAAUAAUAAUAAUAAUAAUAAUAAUAAUACAUUUACGAAUGAUGAUUUAUUCUCUGAAAGUCCAUUGCCACUGGAUGGGAUGCAAGACUUGUGGCAAGUCAGGAGUCUGGGGACUAAAAUUCAAGAUAAAAAUAUUAUUGAUGAUUUAUAUGAUAACGUAACACAGACUGAUAUGUUGCCAUACUACCAAGAAGAUAGUAUUAACCAGAUUAAUAUUAAAAAUUCACUUUUCUCAGCUGCGACCCGAAUUUCUAGGUCAGAUCCCAUGCUGACUGAAGAAACUUUGAAUGAUAGAUUUAGUAGUAUUGAGACUCAAACUGACAGACCGUACUUUGAUUCGAUUUUUGAUUCGGACCCUCCAAACUACUCUCGCACUUACGCGCUCAGUUCCAACAACGAAACUCAAACAACUCAAGAAUUCGAUGACAUGAAGAAUCUUCUGUACAGCAAUAUGUGCACUCAGACGUGCUACGACAAUACUAGUCAUACUGAAACUCAAACUGAUCUUCUUAAUAUAUUUGAUGAAUUACAAUAAUAAAAAUAAUAGUAAAUGAGAAGAAUAUUUAUAAUUUUAUUUGUAUUAAAUUUUUUUAAUAUACAGACUAAAAAGCACCACAAGCAUAUACGCGGUAAAAAUUAUAUUUGACGUUUAAUAUGUUGUUGUAUCAGUAACAAAUUUAUCGUCUCUUUUAAAAUAACCAUCUCAUCAAUAUCUUAAUGUAUAUUUUCUUAAAAAUAUUGUUUUUUUGUAUAAUAAUGCUAGCAUCGAUUAUCUGUGUACAUAUUUAUAUAUAUAUUAUAA